AUGUGCGAUGCAAGCGAACGUAGCGUGGGAGCCAUAUUGGGACAAAAGAUAGCGAAAGAGCCUCAUGUCAUCUGUUACGCCUCAAAGACCCUAGAUGCUGCACAAAGCAACUACACAACCACAAAAAAAGAACUUUUAGCUAUUGUAUUUGCUUUAGAUAAAUUUCGAUCAUAUUCUUUGGGAUCUAAGGAAGCAAAGCCAAGGCUCAUUAGGUGGAUUUCUUGCUCCAAGAAUUUGACAUCGAGAUUCGUGACAAAAGGGUGUGAAAACACGGUGGCCGACCACUUGAGUAGGAUAAAAACUCCAUUUGAUGAUGAUCCUAUAAAGGAUGAGUUCCCCGACGAAAGCUUAUUCUCAACCGAGGCUUACUAUCCGUGGUAUGCAGACAUAGUUAAUCUCUUAACCACGGGAUCGCUGCCUACUGAGUUAGCUCAAUCCAAGCUUGUGAAGGUCACUUUGGCCCUAAGCGGACAGCUCACAAGGUAUUGGAGUGUAGGCUAUAUUGGCCUACAAUAUUUCGUGAUGCGUUUAACUUCUGUAAGUCUUGCGAUAAAUGUCAGCAUACAGUUUUGCAACAAGGUCAUGGAGGCACUAUUAUCAAAAUAUGGGGUUCAUCAUCGUAUAGCAACAGCCUACCAUCCCCAAACGAACGGCCUAGCAGAGGUUUCAAACAGGGAGAUCAAGUCAAUUUUGGAAAAAACGGUUCGACCCAACCGUAAGGAUUGGAGUCUUCGGCUCAAUGACGCGCUUUGGGCCUAUCGGACGGCGUAUAAGGGACCAAUUGGCAUGACCCCGUAUCGACUUGUUUUUGGCAAAGCAUGUCAUUUACCAGUAGAGUUGGAGCAUAAAGCUUAUUGGGCUAUUCGACAAUGUAACAUGGAGUUAGAGCCCGCAGGGAAAGCAAGGAAAUUGGACAUUCAAGAAUUGGAGGAAAUUCGCAAUGAUGCCUACGAGAAUGCUCGAAUUUAUAAGGACAAAACAAAGAUGUUUCAUGACAAAAAUAUAGUUCAAAAGCAUUUCUCAGUAGGACAAAGAGUUUUGCUUUAUAACUCCGUAUUAAAGCUAUUCCCAGGUAAGCUUCGAUCUCGGUGGCAAGGACCUUUUAUUGUGACUAAAAUAUUUACAAAUGGCGCAAUUGAAAUAGAGAGUGAAGAAUCAGGAAAGCGGUUCACGAUCAACGGUCAGCAAUGA